GUUGGCUGAGAGAGAUCACAUGUUGCGGCUCCAGUUUAGCGCACGCUGAUUCUCUACAGCGGCAGAACAGCAGACGGGCGCAUCUUCGUCGCUGUAUUGACCAACCAGAAGCAGCUUUUCUCUGCCACAUAUAGACCAACACUGCCAAACUGAAGUCCCACUUUGUACCCAUUAUGCCGCCGCCUCUUCGUCAUCGCUCCAUGCGCAUCUUUGUGAAUGACGACCGCCAUGUGAUGGCCAAACAUUCGGCUAUCUAUCCCACCCAGGAGGAGUUGGAGGGGGUGCAGAACAUGGUGUCCCACACAGAGCGUGCUCUGAAGCUCGUGUCUGAUUGGCUGGAUGACCAGGAGAAGGGAAAUGCCAAAGUGAAUGCAUUGGAUACAGAUGGAGAAGGGGAUAAGGAGACUGAGCCAAGCACUGGGGAGCAGGCAACCCGUUCCCUGCGUGGAGUCAUGCGUGUGGGGCUGGUAGCUAAAGGCCUUCUCCUGAAGGGAGAUCUUGACCUGGAACUUGUGCUGUUGUGCAAAGAAAAACCCACUAUCAACCUGCUAAAGAAAGUAUCUGAUAACCUGGCUGUGCAGCUAAAGCAGCUCAUCACUGAGGAAAAAUAUGAUGUUACACCGUGCAUCCACGAUGCCACCAUUGUCAUCAAAAAUGCCAAAGAGCCUCCGCUGACCCUCACCAUUCACCUGACUUCACCCCUCGUGAGGGAGGAGGUUGAGAAGCAGGCUGCUGGAGAAACGCUAUCAGUCAUCGAUCCUCCGGAUGUACUGGACAGGCAGAAAUGCCUGACUGCCUUGGCGUCCCUCCGCCACGCCAAGUGGUUCCAGGCCAGGGCUAAUGGACUGCGCUCCUGUGUGAUUGUCAUUCGCAUCCUGAGGGACCUCUGUGCUCGUGUACCCACUUGGUCUCCUCUGAGAGGAUGGCCCUUAGAACUGCUGUGUGAAAAAGCGAUUGGCACUGGAAAUCGGCCAAUGGGAGCAGGAGAAGCUCUCCGUAGAGUGCUGGAAUGUCUUGCAUCUGGAAUUCUCAUGGCUGAUGGUUCAGGCAUUUGUGACCCUUGUGAAAAGGAGCUAACAGAUGCCAUCAGUCACGUGGAUUGCCAGCAGCGGGAGGACAUCACUCAGAGUGCUCAGCAUGCUUUGAGGCUUUCGGCUUUUGGACAGCUGCACAAAGUGCUUGGCAUGGACCCACUUCCUUCAAAAAUGCCCAGGAAACCACGCAGUGAUACUCCUAUUGACUAUACAGUUCAAAUCCCCCCCAGCACAACCUACGUGCCACCAAUGAAACGACCCAUAGAGGAGGAGUCCACCGAUGAGAAGAAUCCAAACAAGAAAAAGAAGAAGCUGCAGAAGAAAUCUCCAGAUGAGAAAGCGGAACCAGCACAGGCCAUGAACGCUCUGAUGCGAUUGAAUCAGCUGAAGCCGGGCCUGCAGUAUAAACUCAUCUCUCAGACCGGGCCUGUUCAUGUGCCUGUGUUCACCAUGUCUGUAGAAGUGGAUGGAAAGAACUUUGAAGCCUCCGGUCCCUCCAAACGCACUGCAAAACUACAUGUUGCUGUCAAGGUCUUGCAAGACAUGGGUCUGCCCACAGGAAUGGACCAGAAGGCCACUGAACUGAUGAAGAUGGACGAGCCGGUGAGCGUACAGGUGACUUUGCCCCCAGUCAUCAAAAUGGAGCCAGAACCUGUACCAACUACAGAAACCCCAACCGAUGAGAAUGCUCGACAACAGGGGCCCAUCCUGACCAAACAUGGCAAGAACCCGGUGAUGGAGCUCAACGAGAAACGCCGAGGACUGAAGUAUGAACUCAUCUCUGAGACCGGGGGAAGCCAUGACAAACGCUUCGUCAUGGAGGUUGAAAUCGAUGGACAGAAGUUUCAGGGUACUGGAUCCAACAAAAAGGUUGCGAAGGCGUACGCAGCUCUGGCAGCCCUGGAGAAACUGUUCCCAGAAGGCUCUAACUCUGAGGUGAACAAGAAAAAGAAAAUGCCUCCAAUGCACACUGGAUUUGGCAUGGUGAGCGGGCCACCCUCUGACAUGAUGCCUAAUCCAAGGGGCAGAGGAAGAGGACGCGGCAGGGGCCGAGGACGGGGAUUCAACAACGGUGGAGGAUUUAACCAAGGUGGAUAUGGGACUUAUGGAUAUGGUGGCAAUAACUCUGGCUACAAUUUCUAUAAUAAUGGUGGCUCUAAUGGUGGAUCUGUGGCCUCAAAUCAAGGCACGAACCAGUCUUCAGGUGGACUGGCUGCGACUGGCGGAUUCGGCUCAUAUUAUCAGAGCGACAACAGCUACACUUCCCCUGCCCCAACCCCCAAACCUUUAGCCAAAAAGCCACCCAUGCACCAAAACACCAAGCCUCAGGUCUCUGGAAUGGGCCAAGGCGGGUCCUACGGUCAGUACGGUCAGUACAGUCAAGGCUACGGACCGAAGAAGAACUUUGGUCAGGCUCAAGGUGGUGGAGGAGCAGCUGCUGCUGGUGGUGGUGGAAACUUUAACUACAGCACUGCUUAUCCAUCACAGGUGACCGGAGGACAGGAGUACAACUAUGAAGGUUACAGCAACCAGUCGAACUACAACUCCCAGGGUGGACCCAACCAGAAUUUCGGCGGUAUCUCCGCCUCCUACAACAGCGGCCAAGCUGGGUACGGCCGUGGCGAUCCCAAUAUGAACUACCAGUAUCGAUAAACCUACCUUCCCACGUGCAGUCCUGAAGCAUCAUUUCCAAACAAGGAGCAUCUUCCUCUUUGAUUCUGUUGUUCUUGAGUUUUGGUUUCUGUCACCAACAUCUAAACUAAAGGAAAAUAGCAGUCUCUAAACUUUGUGCAAAAAUAGUGUAUCUGCGUAUUACUUUUGAAGCUUAUUGUAUUCUUAAUUUUAGUUAUUUCAUAUCUGUGAACGCCCCCCUGAAGUACUGCCCUCCAGAGGGACAUGAGAACUACACCCAAAGCGACGCAUGUGAGGACCUGAUGUUAAUAUGCAGUGACGGGACACUCAGUCCUUGAGUGAUUUUUAACCAUUUAAACCUGUAUAAAUAUAAGCACCAAUCUCCGUAUGUAAAUCAGUCAGUUUUAUUUGAUCCUAUUUUCUUGUGUUUGACCAUUACCG